CUCAUUCUAACUUAUUGCACUAGUUCAGCAGUACAGCUAAAAAGAUGGUGUCGACCAGCAAUGUAGGAGCGCUUUGUUUGACAAUCCAGGUCUUUGCUUUUUUGAUUCAACAAACGUUUCGAGACGAAAAUAGCGUAAAGUGAAAAGCACUUGGUAAUAGAUUAGAAACCGUGGUUUUCCAUAAGAAAUUUCUUCGCUAAUUUAAUUUGAAAACCAUAAUCUAAGAUGGGACGUUACAAACGUUUUUUAUACACUGCAGAAAAUAUUCCUCGCUCCACAGCUUACCGUAGGCAACAACGAGCUGCUUGCCAAAGAGUGUCGUUGAAAGAUCGAAAUUCUCACAACUCUAACCAGAAUACGUCAUUUGCAACAACGUCCACAUCACAGAAUUAUGUUGAGAGGACAGAUAUAGUAUCACAAGACAAUUUUAUGUCUAUCAAUAGAAUUCCUGAUGAUUCAUGUGCAUCAUAUUCUUCGCAGAAUAACUCUAUUAGAAUACAUGAAGACAUCACUAAUACGACAGACUCAACUGAAUCUGAUAUUCCAUCUAACAGUAAUAAGAGACUUACAGAGAUUGCCUCGGACUUAUCAUCAGAGAAUUCAGAUUCUAUCUCAUCAUCAGAAAGAGACUUAAGGUCUACGUCAGAGGUCUACGUCCUCAGAAGAAGAUUUCUUGACCAAUGAUGCCUCAUCAGAUCCUAUUGAUCACAGCAAUGUAGGGACAAAGAAUAAGAUAUUGUUUGAGAGAUUAUGUGAUUGUACAAAUACUACACUUGGUGAUGUUGUUUUCAUGUGCCUUAUAUUAGGGGUGAAGCAUAAUAUAACAUGGGAGGCACAGCUUGACAUACUGCGAAUGAUCAAAUCAAUUUACAAUAAGGAAAAUAUUCCAGAAGCAAAAUACAUGUACUUAAAAUACAUAGAAAAGGAAAAGGAGAGCAUAUCUUAUCACAUUUAUUGUCCAACAUGUGAAGUGUAUUUAGGGGAAAAGAGUUGUUUGUUAGAAUAUGUGCAUUGUUCUUAUUGUAUUAGCGAUGUUGAUGUGUCCAAGCCGUCAAACUUUUUUCUGUCCAUAUCAUUAGAGUCACAAUUGCAAAAAUUUGUUAAUAAUUCACAUAUAGCAUCCUCAUUGUUAACCCACAGAUUUAAUCGCAAAAAGGAGCAUCCUGAUGCUUUUGAAGAUAUAUAUGAUGGAGAACAGUAUAAAAAGCACUGUAGUUCUGGAGGAAUACUCUCAAAUCCUUUCAAUUUUUCAUUUUCUUUCUGUACGGAUGGUGUAUCAACUGGGAAGUCAACUGGUAAAUCAUUGUGGCCUAUUUAUAUAACUAUCAAUGAACUUCCGUUUAAAGACCGCAGCAGAUACAUGCUACUUGCUGGGCUAUAUAUUGGACCUAAGGAUCCAAAUCAAAUGGUUUUCUUGCAACCCUUUGUUAAAGAAGCAAAUAAACUUUCCUCUGAGGGCUUUUCUUGGAUUUAUAAGGGAGAAAAGGUUGUCAGUAAGGUCAUCCCUUUAUGUGCUGUAAUUGAUUCUGUUGCACGAUGCCAACUUCUCAACAUGCAGUCUUUUCAUGCAUUUUAUGGCUGCACAUUCUGAGAAGCAGCAGAAAACAGGCCCAAGAUCAAGGUGCUUUAAUGUUCUCUCUGAGAAAGCAGAUGAAAGAACGGCAGAAUCUACUUAUCAGGAUGCAAGGAGAGCUUAUGAAAAGAAAGAUGAACCACGUACAGAUAAAAGGCAUUACAAGGGUGUCAAGGGCCCGUCUAUUUUGAUGAAUUUACUCUAUUUUGAUUUAAUUUCGGGUUUUGUCGUCGAUUAUAUGCAUGCCAUUCUUUUGGGUGUGGUAAAAUCUCAUAUGGAAUACCUGUUCAAUUCAACUAAAAAUAAAUGUUGGGUAAACAUGACCGAUAAUAUUGCUUUAAAGGAUUUGACUGACACAAUAGAUAGCCGCCUUCUUAGCAUACAACCUCCAACAGGAAUAAGUAGAAGUCCUCGUUCAAUUGAACAUUGUUCUAAAUGGAAAGCUUCAGAAUGGAGAUCAUGGCUUUUGUUUUAUUGCAUACCAUGUUUGCAAGACCUACUUAAAGACAAAUAUUUGAUCCAUCUCGCCAUGCUCUCCCGAGCAACUUAUAUUCUCCUUCAACAUUCUAUAUCUCGUAUUGAAAUUGAGGAGGCGCACAACCUGUUUCUUCAGUAUUGCUAUUACUUUCAAAAAUAUUUUGAACCUAAACAUACAAUCUACAAUCUUCAUCUUCUUACCCAUGUGUGCAAAUGUGUUAUAAACUGGGGUCCCUUGUGGACACACAAUGCAUUUUGCUAUGAAGGGCAAAAUAGACAUUUAUUACAAUUAUAUCAGAGUCCAUUUCAAGUUAUUUCACAAAUUGCUCGUAAGUUUCUAACAUUGAAUUCAUUAUCUAUCCUAUGUGAGGAACUUGUGUCAUCUAAAAGCACCAUUGAUUUCUCGGAAAAGAUUUUGAAUAAGAGGCUUAAACAUUUCGUGCGUUCUGAUGGAGCAUUUCUCUUAGGGAGAAGACAGCAUAAUAUUUCGGUUUUACCUGAAGAAGAGCAGUGCUUUGUUCAUUUUGGAAAUUUUGACAUGAAGAAUUUCACAUUUUUUCAUAGAUUAUUAUACAAUGGAAUAAGAUAUACCUCCUCCCAAUAUAUCGGUAAGAAGAAGAACAAUGACUCUUAUGUUAUCCUAAAAAAUGGGAAAGUUGCGAAGACAAAACACAUUGCCAUGUCACCGUUGGGGGAAAUUUUACUUCUUGUACAAACGUUUAAAUGCUAUAGACGUUUUUUGGUACAAAACAAUUACGUGGCUCUGAGUCAUGUUCUUAAAAUUAAAAAACUUGAUAAAAUGAUAUGCAUUAAUCUGUCUCUCAUCAAACAACCCUGUGUUGUGAUGAAGUUACACAGUAAUAUCCAUAUAUGCGGAUUGCCUUUUGGUUGCCAUCGGGAUUAAGAAAAUUAACUUAGGUUUAGAUAUUAAGGAGUUUUAUUUAUAUUU